GAAAAAUGGGGCGUUAAUGUGUUUCCUCAAAAGAAGAGUUCUCUUUUGCAAACGUUGUCUCCCGGAAAUAUCGUAAGCCUAUUCGAAAAUAGGUGUUUAUUAUUGAGAACAACGCGAUUAUCGCCUCAAGAGAACAAGAUUGAUGAUGAACGAAAGUAGUGAUGGUGGGGCUAUCGGACAGGAAGAUGUCCAUCGACUGCUCGAACAUUUUUCUAAAACGACACACAAAGUUAGAGCAGGUGACAUGAAGGGGGACAAUGUCAACGAGACGUGCUUGUUGUUAUUUGCCAAAGAUUAUAGGUAUUCUAUCAUCCCUAACUUCAGUGGCGAACUGUGUGCACAUUACCCUGGGAAGAUCAUCUUGACGGAGUAUGAGUACCAGAAGGACUGUCCGGCCCCUCAUGAUGAUAGUGUUGAGAGCAUCUUUGAUCUGUCAAAACUGAAGGAUCUGUCAAAACAGGCAAGAUUUGCUCGCUGUCGAUCCCGCUUUGUGGUACCUGUCAUUCUGUUUGAGGGAAAGCACAUCUGUAGAUCAGCUACACUCUCAAGCGGAGCGGAGAUGUACGGCAGAUCAGGAUUUGACUUCUUUUUCUCAGGAGGAGAGAGCUUCCCCGGGACCAAUGGAGAAGAACCUGAUGAUCAGGGAAGUGGUCAGUUGUUUGACCGGUUCCGUGGUCAGGACAAGAAGUUGUUGAAGUGCCUGGACGUGGGCUACAUCUGUGAUCUCAUGGUGGAGAAGAAGAAAGUGAAGUUUGGCAUGAACAUCACAUCAUCUGAGAAAGUGGACAAAGAAAACAGAUAUGCUGACUUCUGUAUCCUCUCUGUCCCUUACCCAGGCUGUGAGUUUUUCAAAGAGUGGAAGGAGAAGUCGAGUGCCGGCCAGACUAUUUGGUAUGACUGGAGUCAGGGUUUCAAUGAUGCUGCUCUUGACAUCCCGUCUACGCCAUUACUGUCUCAGCUACCAUUUGACUGGUCCAAGUACAGGCAUUGGGAUUUGGUCCAGUUGACCCAGAACUACCUGAAAUUACUGCUUCAUAUAAUAAGAGAGGGAGAUUCUGGCCUGCUAGUCCACUGUAUCUCCGGGUGGGACAGAACACCUCUCUUUGUCUCGCUGCUCCGUCUUUCACUGUGGGCUGAUGGCUCCAUCCACAAGUCCCUCAGUCCUGUGGAGAUACUCUAUCUCACUCUAGGCUACGACUGGUAUCUGUUUGGUCACAAUUUAAGUGAUAGGCUUAGCAAAGGAGAAGAGAUUUUAUUUUUCUGCUUUAACUUCCUUCAUUAUAUAACCUCAGAAGAGUUCUCAGUAAAAACAAAACGUGGAAGCCAGCGGCGCCACUCGGGGUAUGCGGGAGAAGGAAGACGAGCAUGUCGUGUGGACUCAGAGUCCAUCAUUCCCCCUGGUGGGGUGCUGCUAGGUCCAGAGCCGUCCCGCCCCAGUCCCCGGGGUAGCAACACCAGCAUGAGCAGCGUGGGGAGCUCGGAGACAGGGCCGGUCUUCUUCACUGUUGGGAGCCAGGAUGAUGAGGCUGUGGUUUUGCAUGACCACUCCAUGUUCAGCGUGGCUUCCCUGAGUAAACACUCCCCGAGCUCCAAGAGCAGCCUCUCAUCAGACAGUUCCCACUCACGAUCGUCCCCCCUCCAGACAACUUCCAGUCCGAUGGCCGUCCCGUGCAGACGCAGACUUGCAGAUGGAGCCAGGUCAAACUCGCCAGGUCUAGGAAGCUGGCAGAUCAUCAGCAGUACAGGGAGUCUGAGAGGCUGCCACGAUUCCCCCCACGUCAGCAGCGGCGGCGGCAAGUCAAGCAGCAGCAGCAGCCACAUCAGCUUCAGCUCGUGUCACGAGGCUACAGAAGGUGCCGAGCAGACCUUACGUUGGCAGCGUCUCGACUCAGUGUGGCGCAUGUUCCACAACGCUUACAGCAACUCUGUGUAUGUCCGGCCUGGGGCAGAGGCCGGCAGCGGUGCAAUAUCCUCGCUGUUGGAGAAAGUAGGAAUCAAAUCCUCAGGGAAAUCUAACUCUGUUAUAUAACACUGUCGCCAGCAGUAGGAACAGUUUAGUUAGCUGAUGUAGUCCGGUUCCUCACAUGAAUACACUGACGGGGGUCACUGUCGACACCUGUAUCAGGCCUACCAAGGAAACUGCCCGACUUCAAUAAAAAAUAUCACCACAACACACAAGAAAUCGGCAGCAUAAAACAAGGAGAACAGAAACGAGGAAACAUCAUUAUAAAUCUCAGAGCAUGCUGUCGAAAACAUGGAAUCAUCUUCGCUAAAACACACAGACCGCAGCCCACACCAAACACCUCACUGUACACUGUGUGCAUGUGUUUAUCUGCCCAUCCCAUUUUAAAGAGGACUGCCUCUUGGGUCUAGUGGUAGAGCGUCCGCCUGGAGAGCGGAAGGUCCAGGGUUCGAUCCCUGACCGCGUCAUACCAAAAGACGUUAAAAGAUGGUACUUGUUGUUACCCUGUCUGGCGCUCGGCAUU